UUUCCUCAUCGAAUCCCAAAUUAUGGAGUCCGAUCUCCAAAUCUAAACCUCGCAGCGCGGCGGAGUUGUCUCUCUCUCUUGUCGUUAUCUCGCCUUAUGGAGAUCCCUCCGGCCUCAGCGGCGGCCGAUGAACCCACCGCGGCGGCGGCGGCGAUGUGGGAAUGGGGUAGCCUCUUCGACUUCACCGACGUCGAUGAAGAUCCCCUGAUCCUCCCCUGGGGAACCUCCGACGAAGCCCAGACGCUGCCGCCGCUGUCCACCGCGGAGCUGUCUUCCCUCCCGCUCCCUUUUGCCGAGCCGGCGCCGUCGGGGAUCGAGGAUGGGAUGGGUCGCGUGAGGAAGAGGGACGCGAGACUCGUUUGCCCGAACUAUUUGGCAGGAAGGGUGCCGUGCUCGUGCCCCGAGGAGGAUGAGGAGGCGAUGCAGGAGGUGGCGGUUGCCGGACCGCGGAAACGGUCCAGGAAGGGCGGGGCAUCCAGGGUGGUUAGGUGCCAGGUACCGGGGUGCGAGGCGGAUAUCAGCGAGUUGAAGGGGUAUCACAAGCGGCACAGGGUUUGUCUCCGGUGUGCGAAUUCUUCAUCGGUUGUUCUUGACGGGGAGCACAAGCGUUAUUGCCAGCAGUGUGGCAAGUUUCAUGUUCUGCCAGAUUUUGAUGAGGGCAAACGUAGCUGUAGGAGAAAAUUAGAACGACACAACAAAAGGAGGCGAAGAAAGCCUAAUGACUUAAAUAGUAUAGUGGAAAAAGAAACAGACACGCAAGAAGACUCACUGCCUGAUGUUUCUUUUGAUGGUGAACCAAUGAAAGAGACGGUAGAUGAAUUUACAUGCAACACAGCUGAGACAGUUGUGAGCAACAAAAGUCUGGAUGGAGAACCUCUAGCAGAAUCUGAAGAUGGGGGAGGUUCUCCCACUGGUUCACUUCCUAGCCUUAAAAACGAUGAUAUAGUAAUUUCUCGUGAAGCUCAGAAAGAUGAAAGGAUUACUAAUUCAAAAUCUGCCCUUUCUUCUAGUUUUUGUGAGAAGAAGAGUACUUAUUCAUCUCUGUGUCCGACAGGUCGAAUAUCAUUCAAGCUCUACGAUUGGAACCCUGCAGAAUUUCCUAGACGAUUGCGCCAUCAAAUAUUUCAGUGGUUGGCAAAUAUGCCUGUUGAGUUGGAGGGUUAUAUACGUCCUGGAUGUACAAUUUUGACUGUUUUCAUUGCAAUGCCACAGUCCAUGUGGGAUAAGUUAUCUCAAAAUGUGGCUCACUAUGUGAGGGACUUGAUUAAUACACCUGAAAGUUUGUUGCGGGGAAGAGGCACCAUUUUUGUUUAUCUUGGCAAUAUGAUUAUCCAUGUCUUGCAAGAUGGAGCAACAUUGACAAAUAUCAAGAUGGAGGUGCAGGCACCAAGACUUCAUUAUGUUUAUCCUUUUUAUUUUGAAGCCGGGAAACCUAUGGAGUUUGUUGCAUGUGGAAGCAACCUUGAACAGCCUAAAUUUCGGUUUCUGGUAUCAUUUGCUGGAAAAUAUCUUAAAUAUGACUCUUGUCAUGUCAUAUCUACUGGGAAAUCCAGGUAUCUUGAUGGAAAUAAAGCAGUGUGUAUCAACAAUUCUGAACAUGAGAUGUUCAGGAUAAAAGUAACUCACCUGGACUCGGAGGUUUUUGGGCCUGCAUUUAUUGAGGUUGAAAAUGCGGCUGGAAUAUCCAACUAUAUACCUGUCCUCGUUGCUAACAAACAGAUAUGUUCUGAAUUAGAGAGAAUGGAAGAACCUGUAGUUGAUUCUUGUUAUGCCGGUCACAUUAUGUCCCAAAAUUUUAUUGCUAAUUCCUCUCCAGGCUUUUGCGAAAUUCUUGCAUCCAGACAAUCUGCAAUGUCAGCAUUGCUCUUAGAUAUAGCAUGGUUACUGAAGGCACCAUAUUUGGAAGAAAAGGAAGCUUUUUGGAGUUUUACCAAUGUCCAGAGGUUAACUUCUAUGUUAAAGUUUUUACUCCAGAAUGAGCUUUUUAGUGUGCUCCAAGCAAUAAUGCAUCAUCUGGAUAAUAUUAUUCUCACCGAGGGCUUUGAUAAGCCAGACAAUUGGACUUCUGAUGUCGACCAGAAGCUAUAUGAUGAUUUUCUUAACCAUGUAAGAGAAAUUCUUUUUCAGAGAACUCUAAAUGAUACAAGGUUAACAGAACCAAAAAACCCACUUUGUGGACUUCUCAUGCCACAAACCUCUCAGAAGACUAGCAUGUGUGCCAAGAAUUAUACAAAUCAAGAUAACGAGGCAAUUGGAGACAGUUCGUGUUCGACCUCGUUGCAUCCAGCCAUCGAGCAUGAUGUAAAUGUUCCACUUGUAACCAAAGAGAUUGUUGACAGGAGGGGCUGUCACCAAAACCCGGUUUUCAAACCCUCUUUGGACGAUAUUUUCUCAAACAAAAUCAUGAGGACUCGCUUUCCUUUGUUGGUAGUAGUUAGUGUUGUUUUGUGCUUAGCAGCAUGUAUCAUCCUCUUCCACCCACAUAAGGCCGGGGAGUUUGCGAUUUCCGUCAGAAGGUGUAUGUUUGGCGGCCCCCCCUCCCCCCUCGUGAAACCAAGCUAACACUUCCGGUUUCACUUGUGUCCUAUGUACAGUGUAGAAUUGUUCGGCUUGCACUGGUUGCAAGUAGCAUCUCCCCAAAUUCUACAUGCCAUUUAUUGACCUCAGGGAUAGUCUGAACUGAAACAGAGCACAACUUGCAAUCUGUAAAGGUAUUUGUUACUCUACUAGGUCAGAAAAUUAUGGGUUUGAUAUAUGGUCCCUAUGAUUAUUAUUUAGAAUGUAGACUAUCACUCCUUUUGUCAAUUUUGUUCGAUGAGAAUAUGAUCUUAAAAUUGUUGGUGUAACAAAUUUCGUCUCUUAUGUUUUUAGCCAUCAUAAGCUUUUAUCUUUUGAGCUCGAUUUGGCCUUGCUUGAAUCGACUGAAGGUUUACUAUUGUUGUUUAUCAUGGAUAACCUAGAGAUGUUAUCAAUCAGUUUAUUAUGGAAUUGAAUGCGAGAUUAAGAUCCUUGUUCAUUUCUAUUUGAGUACAAGAUAUUGACAGUGAUAUUUCUCUACAAUAUUUCCUGCUCCAUUUAUUAUCAUGAUGAUACCUGCAAAAGUGUCAGGCAGUUCAUCCAUUGUUUAGCGCAAGACAUCAACAAGUUUUUCCUUCCUAAAUUCCAAUCCAGGUUUGAUCUGAAUUAUUGGAUUAGUUUGCUUUCAUAUGGUUUAUUUAUCAUGUCUGACACUUGUGAUGCAUCUAAGCAGACUCGCCAUAAGUUCAACAACAACAGAAGCAGUUGGAUGAGCAGCCGCAACAACAAUCGAGGCACUGUUGUUGCCUGGGUAAGCAUCCUUGAAGGAGUUCUUCCUGGCGGCUGCCAGCACAGUCUUGUCUGCAACAAUGAAGUAUGCCAUUCCGGCAGCUGCACCCAAUCAAACUCCCCAUUACUCACACAACAUUCGAUCAACAGGAUCAGAAAUCAUUUGGAAAGAGUGUUCAAGACCUGUGGAGACGAUGAGAGCUUGAGCUGUGGGGUUGAGGUUGUACCUCGCCCAUGGCAGCAUCCGAACGCUGGCCAACUGAUGCAAGCAAGCUCGGUUCAACCGAUGGCCCAGAAGAGAACACGACUGAGGUCACACGGUAUACAAGGAAGAGUAUGCUUACAGUGGGAACAGCAGCUGCAAAACCUGCAACGACGGCGGCCUUCGCUCCUGCGACGACUCCCUCUGCCGACCAUACCGAGCAAAGAACGAGAUCAGCGAUAGGACGAAGUGCGGCGGUAACCAAAUGCUAAGAUGAAGACGGAGGAGAUGAUACCGUGGGAGCAGCGCUUGGCCAUGGCCAGCUUCUGGUCCAGGGAAGCGCGAGUUGCCGGAGCCAUUCUUUUCGUCUGGAUUAAAGAGGAGAGAGCUUGAGUCGAGAGAGGAAAGAUGUGAGCUGUGAGAUGUGGAUGCGUGUGGGUAGUCAGUCUCUUUAUAGGCGAUGGAAGAGAGUGGGUGAGAGCGAGCGAGCGAGGAAGAAGUCGAUGGUUUUGAGCGUUCGGUGUGCUCCUGGAAAUGUGGGCACACCGUUCUGAUGUCACUGCCUCCGGUUCUCGGUGGCCUGUGGUCUUUUAGAUGGCGACAAAUGCCUCUCACUGUUGUGACGGAUGGUCCCGUUUCCAUCCUCGGGGUUAAUAACACCAAAGGGUAUUCGAGUCUAUGAUGUCUUAAGCUAAUAAUCUCCAGUAAUUUAUUAUUGAUUUAUUGGUA